AUGACUAAUACAAGCCUGACAACUUCAUUAGUCGAGCAGUUCAUUGUCAUUGGCUUUCCAGGAUUCCAGGAUAAUGAAAGCAAACUUCUGUUUUCUGUAAUAUUCUUGAUUGUCUACCUUUUGAUUUGCCUGGGGAACCUCAGCAUCCUUGCCACAUUCUUCUUGGAUGAAAGCCUACACAAGCCCAUGUAUGUUCUGAUUAGCACACUGGCUGUUUUAGACAUUACUUAUUCAUCUGUCACAAUCCCAAGGAUGCUGGCCUUUUUAAUGUUCGACGCCAGAGUGAUAUCAUUUGUUGCUUGUUUUGCUCAACUUUUUCUUUUUCAUGCUGUAGGCAGUUCACAGUCCCUUCUCUUAAUGCUGAUGGCAUAUGACAGAUUGGUGGCCAUCUGUAACCCACUUCUGUACCCCACCAUUAUGACCAACAGAGUCAUUCUAAAGCAGAUCACUUGGUGUUGGCUUGGUGGAUUCAUUACUCCUCUGAUUCCACUCAUUUUGGCUCUCAGGCUGCCCUUCUGUGGUCCCAAUAAAGUUAUGCAUCUCUAUUGUGAUCAUACCUCAGUGGUCCGACUCGCCUGUGCUGACAUUUUAGUUAACAACAUUGUGACUCUGACCAUUGCUAUGUCCAUUAUGUUCAUCCCCUUGACUUAUAUUGUGUAUUCCUACAUACAGAUCAUUAAAUCUGUGCUUAAAAUGGCCAGUUCCGAAGGACGCGUCAAGGCUUUCUCUACAUGUGGGACACAUCUGGUGGUAAUUUUUAUCUUUAUUUUCACUGCUGCUGGUGUUUACAUUUCAUAUCGGAUCCCAGGAGCUUCUGAAGAUGUGCGUAUAAUGGCAGCCGUGCUGCAGAACAUUAUUCCACCGUUACUAAACCCUGUUAUAUACUGCCUGAGGACUAAAGAGAUUAGAGACAGCUUUGUCAAAAUUGUAAAAUGGUAUAAAAUAUUUCCAUGGUGA